AUGUUUGAUUCGUCAACUACUGCCAAAGACGAUACAAUCGAUGCUCCUAAAAUAUAUUCCUACGUCGCCACCUUCGAGCCGCGGGAUCGACAUCGACAGAUUGAAAGUAUCAUUGAAGGUUCUCUAGAACACCCUGGACGCAUCGGCCUUCGAGGGACUGGGAGUGCAGGUGUUUUUAUGGGAACAUGGAAUUCUACUGACUAUUCGAGAGUCACGAUCACUCCAAUAUCCUCCAAGAACGCAUUCAAUCAUGAUAGUCAGGGCUCCAAUCUGGAUGAUCAACCAUUCACGGUGAAUGCUAAGACGGAGAUAUCUAGACUCUCUCAUAUUCAGACUAAGCCUUGCCAGAGAUUCGAUACAAGUUCUUUUGAUCACGCUACACUCGAGUAUACAGAUGACGCCUCAUACACACAGCUUAAAGACUGGAUCAAUCAGGAAACAUUCAGAUUCGAUUCUACUGAAAAUCUUCGAGAUGAGAACAUUCGACUUCAACAACAAGAUCAUCUGACCUACAAAUCGGUGCCCGUCACCAUGCACCUUUACAAUAGAAGGACCAAGGGUACAACAAAAUACGUCGAUACACUCAAGAACUGGCGCGUGCGCUGGUGUGAAGCAACCAUCACCCUUGGAGGAGGUGUUCAAACACUGGAAGGUACCCCCACGCCUGGAGAUAUCGACUCCAAAGCGGGAGAUACCCGAAUCCAAACUUUGCCUGGGAGAGAAAAGAAGUCAGUCCGAUUUUCCAUGGACGAUUUAAUCGAAGAGAAAGCAUGA